GCUGAUCUUCAAACGAACAACCGUUACUACCCAGUCCACGCCUUAAAAACGAGUGCACCCAAAUCCGCUGUCUGUUUGUUGUGACUCUCACAUUCCUGACCUGAUACAAAAUGCUUGCAUGUGUGCUAAUAGCACUCGCAUUUAUCUCUUGCGACUGCGGCAAAAAUCCUGCAAUACAAGUCAUCCUGACCAACAAAGGACUUCAGUCUGGUAGGCAUGUGGCUGCAGGGUGGAUUCAGGAGAAGUUGGAUCACGUCACCCUGCCUGACAUUAGUGGUGAAAUACGUGUCGGCUUCCUGUUGCACAUAGGCUACAAGCUUACUGGCAUCACUAUAAUAAAGUCUGACUUUCCGGAACCAUCCGUAGAGUUCUACCAAGGCUUCUCCGGCUUGAAGACGUCCAUUGAAGGCCUCAAUGUUGCCCUCACGGGAAGCUGGGAGGCCCACUGUGGGUUCGUACACGGAGGUGGAUCUUUUGACAUGGCCUUGUUUGGAGUGGACGUGGUCUCCAUAGUGCAACUCGGGAGGGAUGCCGGUGGACGUCUGUCUUUAACCAGCGUAAAUUGCAACGCUCAGUUGGGCGACUUAAAUACACAUUUCUAUGGCAACAGAAGCUGGCUGCUCUGCCUUGUUGAGGGCCACUUCAAGAAAAAUCUCAGAGGUCAAAUAGAGAACAUGAUUUGCCCUGCGGUGGAUGAACUCAUUGCGAACCUGGAGAGCCACUUAAAGGACAUGAGAGUUAACUUUCAGGUGAAUCAAGACCUCACUUUGGAUCUGCCUCUCAUUGGCCCGCCUGUUGUCAGCGCUUCGAGCCUUCAACUGGGGCUCAAGGGACAAUUCUACAGUGUCAAAUGUCCGAAGGAACCCCCAUUUGUGGCCAUGCCUUUCGCCACACCUGAACAGCCAGCUUACAUGCUGUCAGUAGGCUUGUCUGACUUCACCGUCAACUCAGCCUCCUUCAGCUACUUCUCAGCUGAUUUACUGCAGGCUUUCAUCAAUGACAGCAUGAUACCCCCAAGCUCCCCCGUACGCCUAAACACAACCUCACUGGGUCCCUUUAUUCCACAGCUUCCCAAGAUGUUUCCAGAUUUGCUGAUGACACUGCAGAUUUACGCCACAAACUUUCCCGUGUUUUCGUUCCGCUCCGGUGCUGUCGUGCUGAGCUCAUCGGGUGCGGUCAAGGCCUUCGCCAUUCAACGCAAUGCCACUCUGACCCCGCUGUUUAAACUCCAUGUGGACUCAGGCUUCACUGGCAAAGUGUGGGUGGCUGAUGGACGGCUGAAGGGCUCGGUGACAAUGGACAAUUUCACUCUGAGUCUGGAAGCAACUGAGAUUGGACCGUUUAAGACUGAUGCUUUGGAAAACAUGACACAGACGCUAAUAGAGAGGACCAUCCUGCCACAACUGAAUGAGAAACUUGCCACAGGCUUUGCGUUACCUCAUACAAAACACGCACAGCUGGUCAACCCAGUUCUGACAGUAGAAGAGGGAUUUGUAGCUUUCAAUUCCGACGCCAUGCUGCUGGAGGACACAAUUUUCAACUGAGUACAAUCCUGGCCCGUUGUGACCAUGUGAAAAAUCACAACGCAGUAUUCACGUGGAUCAUAUUCUCACAUUUGUGCUUCUUUCAAAUGUUUUUUUCUGUUUCAUAAAUCCACAAAAUGUUGAGGCUGCUGAAAAUUGCUUUCGCAUUUGCAUCACAAAUACCACAAUCAAUUCAACAACUACAAACAACAUGGCUAUAGAUGACUACAAUGCUUUUUUUUGUUUGUUUGCAAUGUAUUACGUUGAUUUUAGUGUUCCUGGUUGCGUUGAAAGGUGCUUUUUAAAUAAAAUGCUUUUUUUUUCUUGCAAUGUAUCCCACAUGAUACCUAAAUGUAUUCAUUCUAAUAAAAGCACAAAUAAGAA